CUUUAACCAUUUUCAUCAUCAUGUCGAUCAACGAUCAAAACAUGCCGAUGACUCAGAAGCUCUACGAGUCAGCUCCUUCGUCUCGUCAAGUGGCCAAGUUCUUGACCGCCUCCACAUUGGGUGCAACACUGCUAUUCUUGUCCGGGUUAACCUUGACCGGUACGGUGAUUGCCUUGAUCAUUGCGACGCCGUUAAUCGUUAUCUUCAGCCCUGCUCUCGUCCCGGCGGGGAUAACGAUAUUCUUGGUCAUAAGUGGCUUCUUGUUUUCCGGUGGGUGUGCGGUGGCGGCGAUAACGGCGUUAUCGUGGAUGUACUAUUACGUGCAAGGGAAACAUCCGUUGGGAGCUGAUCAACUUGAUUACGCGAGGAAUAAGCUUGCGAGUACUGCUAGAGAUAUGACUGAGAAAGCUAAGGAAUAUGGACAGUACGUGCAGCAUAACGCUCAAGAGGUUACACAUGGCCAAGGAUAUCAGAGUUACUAAAAAGUGUGGGAUUUUAGGGUUUAAGAAUCUUUGUUGGGUUGACGUCUUGUGUUUUAUUUUGUUGGUUUUGGUACAUUAUGCUUUUGUAAUUUGGGCUGCAGGGUUCUCUUUGUAGCUUAGAAUCUCUCGUUUUUUUUAAUAAGAAUUCCCUUUCGGUCAA